GUUCAUAGUAGUGCAUUUAAUGAUGAAUAGUUGAUACUAUUCUCAAACCGACUAGAGAGAGGGCUAGCAUAAACAAUGAUAUCAACUUCUAAAGAAAUAAAUGAGCUGUAUUGAUCAGGGGAUUGUGUUAACUUACGUACAUAGCACACAGAUGUGAGAGCAGGGGACACAUAAUUAACUGCAUGGUAAAGCUCACCAGAGAGACCAUGGUUGACUCUUGGAUGAAUAGACAUUGGAAAUCUUUUGACUACAGAUGAGCUGUUCCAAUGGCGCCCAGAACACGGUGUGUACAUGGCGAUUAAAAUAGAUAGGUACAAGUAGGAUCUCAACAUACUAGUUACUUGCUGAAGGAUGAAACGCAUCUUGUCUACAAAAUAUCUGUUGAAGUAUAGAUUGACCAUCUACUUUGGAGUUAUAAGUAUCCUGGCUACUGCUAUUUUUUUCACUGAGUUCAGAAGAUGUAUCAAGGAUGUGUCAAAAUCUUCCUCUGGCCUGGGUCCCGUGUUGACCAGUCGGGGCCAGUUGACUGAUGUCUUACCGGAAAGAACAUGUGAACCUCACAUGACACGACAGGUCAUAUUAUUGACCUAUGGCCGAAGUGGCUCAAGUCUGACCACGGAUAUAAUUCAACAUGAGAAACAGGUUUACACCUACUUUGAACCUCUACACAACCUGGCUAAAAGCUAUGUCGGGAAGCAGGAGAAAUAUAUGAAAACUUACAAGAAGUAUUUGCCCUUGACCUCUCUGCCGGACUACCUGGCCCAAGCUGAAAAUAUUGUCAGAAAGCUGAUGACGUGUGACUAUCACCAGUUACCUCCAGUAGCCUCCAAAAACCCACAUAUGAGAUUUUAUGACUCGGCACCUAUGUUUCAUUGUAUGAGGAGAUCGACUACACCACAGGGAGAAGCAAAGUGUCUGCAGCAGGGACAGAAGACCUGUCUUAAGAAGUUGAUCCACUUUUUGAAAAUCAUUCGCCUUACGGUGAGACUUUUGACGUCAUGUGAUAAUAGAAGAUGGGCGGGGAAACCGUUGGUGAAGACAGAAUCAGUAGGUCAUCUGAUGUCCAAUUAUCCAUGCCUACAAGUGAUCUACUUGGUCAGAGAUCCGAGAGGAACUUUCAUGUCCAAGAAACGUGCAUUCGUGAACAUUUCAGUGGACACCAAGUUUGAGGGAAAGAAAUUCUGCCAAAGGGUUGACAAAGAUAUAGAUCAUGCUUUGAAACUUUUAAAGGCUCAUCCAGGCAGGGUCUGCAUUGUACGGUACGAGGACAUAGCAGAAAGACCUGAGGAAAUGUCCAGGAAACUUUACACGUUCUUACAUCUGAACUUUACAGACGACACACUUAGAUUUGUUUUCAACAAAACUCAGUCGGGUGUCAACAACUCCGACAUUUUCUCUACCUUCAGAGCCAACUCAGCAGAGGUCUCAUAUGCUUGGAGAUCAAGAAUGAAGUAUCAGGACGCUGCGCUGUUUGACGAGAUUUGCCGAGAGGUGUAUUACAAACUGGGUUACCUCCCUGUCAACACGCUACUACAUCUCCGAGACAGGAGGAAACCUUUAAAAUUCACCAAGAACCAUCUCCUAUGAGUGACAGCUGACAUUUGCUAUAACAACAACUGACUUUUUCUAUGAAGGCAUAUUCUUUUAUUGACAUCUUCUAUGAAUGACAUCUAUCAUAUUCUAUGACUGACAACUGAUAGCUCUUGAACUAAAUACGAUUUUGUGUGUGUCAUAUCAUUGUGUGCUUUGUGAGUGGAAAAAUAGUGCAAAGACUAAUAAUUGUGUGAACGUCAAUUGACUCGAAGUGUCAGUGAACUAAUCAAGUAAUUAGAUGCUUAAAGAGUUGAAGUGUGAGUGAAGUAACUAGAUACUUGAAUUGUGCGUGAAGAAUUAAAUACUUUGAAUAGUGAUUUUGAAUUUGACAAAUCAGAUUUUAACUUGACUGGCUUUAAUCCAAAAUAUAUGUUGAAGUCAGGAAAGAAAUGAAUUCAAAUUAUGCUAGACAUCACGGAAAAACAUGGAUUCUUACAACGAAUGAGAAUGUUUCAUUAUUUUUGUAAAUUGAAAUGUUUCUACUUUUUGCCUUUUUAUAAAUUUACUUUUACUGAAAGAUUGAGAAUCUACCGCAGUCAGCGUUUUGAACAAACUUUAAAGAAGUUAUCCAUUUACUUUUUUUCAUGUGCCUCAUAGUUUGAAAAAAUAAUUAUGGAGGGAAGAAUUAUUGCCAUCGGUUGACUUUAGUAUAGGUUAAAACAAAAUAUAUAGUUCUGAAAGUGGUUGAUAUGUUUCUGAAAUUGGGACAAAAAUAAUUUCGACAAGAAGCGAGUGAAAACUAAAUUGAAGUCUAUGACGUGUUACUCUACAUUUCAGUGUGAGACGUGCACUAACAGUACAUUAGGGUUUGGUGGAUAUUAGUCUGUAAGUUAUCAGUGGGUGGAACUGUUUGAUUUGUUUCAACUUAAAUGUAAGAUGUAACUAACG